AGGAUGUGAAAAGAUAAAGUACUGCCUGGAAUGUAAAAGAUAACGGACCUUCUCGGAGAUGCGGUUGAUUGUGCCAAUAUUGACUUUGUCACUAGUGUAUGCUUUAUUAGGCAACACCAAGUGGACACCCUGCUCAUCAAGAAUCUGUAAGACGGACUACACCGACAAGAUAUCAGCGAUCAACUUCACCCUGAGUUACUCCACUAAGUUUAACUUCAAGAUUGUGUGGGAUUUGAAGUACAGGACGGAUACAGAUGGAGGGUGGAAACAUGUCACUGGACUUCCACUAACUUUCUCGAAGAACUCUCCCCUCUCGUUUGGUUGUCAGCCAAAGAUAAUGAAGGUCGAUGUUCAUGAUGGAGACAAUUCUGAUUCAAUUGAGGUAAAGUUGACGAAAUCUCCCGCUCUGUUUGCGUACAGUUUGGGGUCCCCCUGGAACUUUACACACGAGGUGAACCUAGAGGAGUGUGACCCAGACAUAAGAUUUACAGGCGUAGUGCAGAAAGUAAAAUUCUACCCUCUUCUUCGUACAGACAAGAUAAAAUUCGUUGGAUUGCUAUGUGAAUUUAAAGAAAAAGACUUCGGAACAGUCUGCAAAUUUGGUCCAAGAGGAAGAACAAAAGUGCAGUCAAAGUUGGACCUCGACCUAUUGAAAACUAACCUUAACAAAUACGAUCAGAUUAGAUUUAGUGUGAUGGACGGAAGAAAAUUCGUGAAGAUGUACAUCCUAUCAAUAGGAGAAAACGGAGAGACCGUAUCUUCGUUACCAGGGAGUUGUAAAGAUUCUGAAAAUAGGGCUCUUCCGAAUCUUGUGAAUGGAAACUAUACUAUCUCUUUCAAUUCUGAUCCGAACGAAAGAACUACCACUCUGUCGAUAGAAGUCGUUAGAAGAGGCCCCGAAAAAAACUCAGACAGCACGAACUUCACAUGUGACCCGGUUUGUGAGCUUGAGGACGACAACAGCUGUUUGAAAAAUAAGAGCUACACUGUUAUUGUCAAGAUAUUGCUGAGAGACGUGAUAAGUGACCUGAAAAUGGAGACAAAAGAAAGAAACUGUCCGGAAGAUAUGAAAUGGGUGGAGGGUAGAGGGUGUCAGUGUACCACACCCCUCAGUUACCUCAACUAUACUUAUUGUGUGCCUUGUACCCCGGGCAAACUCUGCUCACCUCUAGGUAGGACACGUGCUUAUUUUCAGAUGGUUAGAAAUGUUCACAGUAUUUUCUAUUUCCAUGGAAUUAUAAAGUAUUUCAAAUCUUAAUCAUGUUAAUAUUAUCCUAUAAUAUUAAAGUAUUAAAUACUAAUCUAUGUGUGCAUAUUAAGUUGAUAACGUUGGGAUCGUUAUCACUUAAUUAUGCCGCUAAUAUUAUCGAAUUAGUUUAUCAUAACAUAAUAUUAUAUUAGUUAGAAGAAUUUAGUUUCGUGAGAAUUUAGUUUCGUAAGCAUUGAAAUUUUACUUUAUAUAUAAAAAGCAUUUUAAUGCACUCCUUUUACUUCCGCACGAUGCUGAAAAACAGAAGAACCGGAUGAUAUGACCGUGUGUAAUGUUAACUUCCAACUUCCCUCCGUCUUUGGAAUGCACUCGGUAUUAUAAAGUAAUAUUAAG